AUCUCCUCCAUUUUUGUUCAACCCCAUCUCUCUUUCAGCUUCGAUACACCAAACCUUACCUUCGGAUCCAAACCUCAAUUUUCACUCUUCACACCUUACUGAUCCUUGAAACUAUGGCACUAAUUUGAUUCACUUUGUCUCCCCUGUCUCGGCUAAAAAAAUCCAUUUUCGUUUUCGAGCCCUAACUUUUUUUUUUUGACACUUUUUCAAGGAUCAAGUUUUCAAGCUCAAGUUCAACGGCUUCACUACGUUACUGUGGUAAUUUUCUUCUCUCAAAAUUUUAGUUGCUGAAUAUUUUUGGCUUGGAUUAUCUAUGCCUGGCAACGAAGUUGGAGACAGGAUCCAUAAUUUCCUUGGCCAAGAGAGUUUGUCCCGUGGCCAACAUCAAUCGCAGGUAAUUGAUAGUACCUGGCCUGGCUUAAAUAACAAUCUGUGGGUUGGAAACCAUAGACAAGCUGGUGGGCCUCUUGUUUCCAGUUUGAAGAAUUUAAGCGUUCAUCAGUUAGAGUCUGACAGAGGACAUAGUGGCCAGUCUUCAAGCCUGCAGCACGAGCUGAACUUCACUCAAUCAGAUCUGAGGCCUGAAAUUGCCAGAAGUCAAUUGCAAAAUCAAGCUUAUGCACAAGGGCACGAGUCUUUCCAGGCAAGGCACAAUGAACCAAAUUUAUUGGGAGUGGAAAUGGCGCACAGAGGCUUAUCACUUCUUGAUUCACUAAUAGGAAAUGGCCCUAAUUUUCAUAAAAAAAAUUCAUUGAGGUUGGAAUCUACUGGAUCUCCCAUAAAUUAUGAUCUUAUUGAGGGGCAACAACAAUUUAGUGGGAAGCAUCCUGGCUUGGUCCAACCUUUGUCGAGUCAGCAAUCAGGGAUGACUGACAUGCAGUUGUUACAGCAACAAGCAAUAAUGCAAGAAUUGCAGAAACACCAACUUCCAAAGCCACAGUUUCAGUUACCAGAAGCAAGGCAGUUGAGCUCUGCGAAUCAGGUUUCCUCUGUUGUUAAACAGGUAUCAGAUAGCCUUUCUCCAGCUCUAAUCAAUGGCGUUCCUGUCCAUGAUGCUUCAAAUUAUUCCUGGCAUCCUGAGCACAUGACACCAAAUGCAAAUUUUCUGCAGCAUGGUGCCUCUCCAGCAGUGCAGGUAUCCUCUGGUAUGUUUUCCCCUGAGCAAGGUCGCAUGCGUUUGACGGGUUUGGUUCCUCAACAAGUUGAUCAAUCAUUUUAUGGGAUUUCUACCAGUGGUGCAAGGGGAAAUCCAUAUCAAUAUUCUUCUGUUCAAAUGGAUAAGCCUUUGAUGCAGCAGGUGCCAGCCAGUGGUUAUUCCUUUCUGGAUAGUCAGUAUGCUAUGUUUUCAGAUCAAGUGGGCUUGCAAGAUGGAACUUCAGUUUCUAGACAGGGUGAUCAGGAUAAUAAUGUAUUUGGGGCUGCUCAAGGUUUAAAUAGCAUAUUUCAUUCAGAAAACUUGCAGCAAAUGGUUAUCGAGCCAAAAAAUGCAGUGAUGCAGGAGUCUCCUUGGAGGCAAGAGCAUUGCAGUCCUCCACAAACACCCCUGGAGAAGUCAGCAAUUCAGGUCUCCUCUGUGCAGAGUGUGGCUACACUGGAUCCAACUGAAGAAAAGAUUUUGUUCGGUUCAGAUGACAGUAUGUGGGAUAUCUUGGGAAAGAGCACCAACCUAGGUUCAGGGUUGGAUGGUACAGACUCUUUAGGGGGAUUUCCUUCUGUGCAAAGUGGAAGUUGGAGUGCUCUUAUGCAGUCUGCUCUAGCAGAAACAUCCAGUAAUGAUACAAGGGUACAGGAACAAUGGAGUGGUUCGGAUAUGCAUUGUUGCGAACCUCUAAAAGGAAACUUGCCAGCAUCAAUUGUCAAUGAUGGCAGCAAACAGCAAUCGGCUUGGGCUGAUAACGACUUGCCUGAUGCCUCGUUGCUGAAAUCUAAUCCUUUAAGUAUGGACAAUUCUGAUGUCCCAGAGAAUAAUGCCAGCCAAAAUCCUGCAAGCAUGCAAAGAGACAUCGAAGCUUCUGGCCAUUCUGUAAGAUCCAAUAAUGCUGAACAUCAGAACCAUUCAUUGUUGCAUCAAGUGCAGGCUGUUAGAAACAUAGAGGUUGAUCCAAGUAAUAGGAGUAUUAAAAGAUUCAAGGGUCUACCUGCAGACUCUAGUUUGGAUUCUCAGCAGGUAAGUUCCCCAGGUGCAGAACAAUUAUCUUAUGGAUCAAAUAGUCUGAUGAGAGAUGGCCUGGUUAAUAAUCCUUUAGUUCCUUCUGGAGACUCUAAAAUGCUAAGCUGUUUAUCAAACAUCGGAGAUAAUCAUGAGACACAGUUAUCUGCUAAUACACUGGCAUUUCUUCGGGAUAAUUCCCAGCAUUUCUCCAAUUCUAAUAAUUCAGCUGCUAACAUCAGGGGUGAACACUCUCAGAUCAGUCUCCAGAUGGUUCUGUCCUGGUUUGAUCAGUAUGGGGCAAUUAAAAAUGGGAAAAUGUUCCCCAUACAUGAUGCCCAGAAAACUGCCUUGAAUGGUACGGAAAAAGCAUUCAUUGGUGCUCGGUCUUCUGACAGUUUGCAUGUUCAUUCAAGUGAGCAGCUAAAUGCUGCUGCUGAUGCUAAUCCACUAGAUAAAGCCCAGCAAAGCUCAAAGUUUAUGCCAGUAGCAACUGAGUAUAUCUCCCCUCACUCACAGCCACCUGAUGUCACAAGUCAGAAUUUGGUCACUGUGAGAGCAAUGAAGCGCAAAAUUAUGACAUUUGAGUUUUUACCGUGGCAUAAAGAAGUGACACAGGGUUCUCAAAGGCCUCAAAACAUCAGUGUGGCAGAAGUGGAAUGGGCUCAUGCAGCAAAUCGAUUGAAUGAGAAGGUUGAGAAUGAACCUGAAAUGAUUGAAGAUUGGCCACCAGUGCCUGGAUCAAAAAGAAGGCUUGUUUUGACAACACAGCUUUUGCAGCAACUAAUUUGUGCUCCUCCAAGAGUAGUUCUUUCUGCAGAUGCCAGCAAAAACUAUGAGACUCUGGCCUAUUUUGUUGCCAGAUCAGUCUUAGGAGAUGCAUGCAGCACAGCAUAUAUACCUGAAAGUGACACAGCUGUACCUCCUCACAGUGGAAGCAUCCUCCCUGAAAAGCUUAGGGAGCAGCGAAACCAAUCCAUCUUAAAGGCUGCAGAAGAGUUUAUCGUCAGGGCGAAGAUGUUGGAAAAUGGUUUACAAAGUCUGGUCAACAGAGCCUCAAUCUUGGACUUAAGACUGGAAUGUCAGGAUCAAGAGAAGGUUUCAGUCAUCACUCGUUUUGCCAAGUUCCAUAGCCGGGGGCAAGCAGAAUGGAUUGGAACAUCAUCAUCCCCAAAUUUUGUUGCGAAAGUUAACAGAUUCCUUGGGCAAAGAUACGUUCUUGCAGUACCAAUGCCUAGGAAUCUCCCUGAUAGGGAUCAGAAGCAUAUAGGGAUGUUCCCACAUUGUAGGCCAUUGAUGCAAGUCAAUCCCUAGGAAAUUAGUCUUCUUGCUGAUCAUAUGUAUGAUCAUGCAUGCAUGUGUGUAUGGUGUAUCAAACGAGCUGGAAUCAAAGAACAAUCUUCUUCACCGAAAGAAA